GCAGAGACACUUCGACGCCGUGCUGCAGGACGUCGUCAUGUACGGGGUGGCUGGUCAGUUAUGUUUCACAUACAUACAUACAUAGCGGCUCGCUGGUGGUGCUGGUGGACGCGGCGCCGUGCGCGGGCGGCGUGCGCGCGUGCGUGCGGCGCGCCGACUCCGACGCGCAGAGACACUUCGACGCCGUGCUGCAGGACGUCGUCAUGUACGGGGUGGCUGGUCAGUUAUGUUUCACAUACAUACAUACAUAGCGGCUCGCUGGUGGUGCUGGUGGACGCGGCGCCGUGCGCGGGCGGCGUGCGCGCGUGCGUGCGGCGCGCCGACUCCGACGCGCAGAGACACUUCGACGCCGUGCUGCAGGACGUCGUCAUGUACGGGGUGGCUGGUCAGUUAUGUUUCACAUACAUACAUACAUAGCGGCUCGCUGGUGGUGCUGGUGGACGCGGCGCCGUGCGCGGGCGGCGUGCGCGCGUGCGUGCGGCGCGCCGACUCCGACGCGCAGAGACACUUCGACGCCGUGCUGCAGGACGUCGUCAUGUACGGGGUGGCUGCGACUCCGUUGAAAGAGCCGCCGCUGCAGGGCCAGACGGUGGUGGGCAAGUUCUCAGACGGACUGCACUACCGCGCGCUGUGCAGACGCACCAACAUCAAGCAGAACAAAUACCAGCUGGAGUACAUUGAGUAUGGCAACAUAGAAGUGUCCAAGUUGGAGAUGCUGUACCCUUGCCCGCAAGAGUACGACGUGGGCCAGGUGCCCACCGUGGUGUCCGUGGUGACGCUGGACGUCGGCGCCGAGCUCACGGCCGCCGCGCUGGAAUACCUCGAACAACUCAAGGAGCAGGAGAUGAUGCUGACUUUACCGGAUGGCGCCAAGACAGCGCCCAGCGGCAGCGCGGCCAUUUUGACAGUGAUCAAAACAAAUGAGAACAUGCAAAAGAAGCUUGUCGAAUUAUCCACGCCUGACUGGAAGAAAAUAGAAGAACGCGGAGGGGAUGUUGUCGAGACACAAUGCCUCAUGUACAGCGACAUGGAAUGCCUCCAACUACCCUCUACUGGCGGCAUGCUGCAGGUGUUGGACGUGAGCCUGCUGGCGGACGGCAGCGUGUCGGCGUGUCAGGAGGGACUUGCGCACGCGCAGUACGUGUUCACGCACCUCGCGAGCAUGAUGGCUGAAUACUGCAACAGCGAACUUGGUCGCCAACCGUACUUGCCGAAAGUCGAGGAGCUUUGCAUAGCGAAAUGUCCACCGAACUCGAAAUGGUACCGCGCCGUGUUCCUGGAGCAGUUGGACGGUCCCGGGGGCGGCAAGGCACGCAUCCUGUAUGUCGACACGGGGUACCUGGGCGUGGUACCCGUCGAGCUGCUCAGGAAGAUGCUGCCGGAGUUCGUGAAGGGACUGCCGGCCCUCGCGUGCCAUCUGGAGAUUAAAGAUUUCCCGUCACGUCCCACGCCAGACAUGCUGGCCAAAGCGCGGCAGCACAUGAGAGUCGACGAGCAAGGCCGCGGACAGCUGCGCGUCACCAAGUGCACCAAACUCGACGACGGAAUGUACUCCGUGGAGGCUAAGGAAUUGAUCCAGGCCAUGAUGGGAUGGGAGUAGAUUCGAGAAGCAUAUCGAUAAAAAAUCGAUAUCGCUAAAAAAUCCCUAUCGAUAAAAAAAUCGAUGAACUUCUUAGCCGUUAUAAUUGAGAGGACAAUGAGGACAACUUUUUGAUAUUUUUAAAUAUUUGCUAUUUUUUUAUAUAUUACAAACCUUUCCUUAACACUAACGAACACAUUAAAGAAAGAUUUAUCGAAUUCGGUGCAGUCGUUUGGAAGUUAUGCGCGUACAAACAUUACGGUUAAUUUUUAUUUAUAUAGAUUUGGAAUGUACGGUAAACGAUCUUCCUAUCUAGGUAGAAUAAAUACUUCUAUGUAAAUUAGGGAUGCAUUUUCUUGUUUGAUAAACAGCAGUAGGAACGAUAAGAUAGUAUAGUUAAACAAGUAAUAAAGAACCGCUUUCUGACGCCCUCUCGAUUACCACGGUAUUGAUGAUGUUUGAGAUCGGUUGUCGUAAUAUCGAUAUUUAAUAUCGAAUAAGUACUCAUAGCGAUUUUUGAUUAAGUCAUGCUUAUAUCGAUAUUUAAUGUCGAUUGAAUUGGAUUCAUUUGUAUUUUUAACAUUGGUUUAGCCGUACUAGUAUCGGUGAUUGAAAGCGAUAAUGGGCUAUAUCGAUAAAAUAUUCGGUGUUCGAAAUCGAUAAAAAAAUACUAUUGCUGACUGCGAAUUGACAAUUUCAAUAUUUUUUUUUUUUUAUAUAUUCGCAUCGGUUCGCAGAUAGUGAUUGGGGUCGUUUAUAGUAAUCGGCUGUACGUUAUAUUAGAAAUAUCGAUGUUCAAGAUCGAUAGAAAUGUAUAAGUAUUGUAGUUGUAUAUGGAGAAUAUCGAUAUGUUUUUUCUUGUGUGUAAUGAACGUUUAUUUCUUUCAUGUUACCUAUAGAUUUAAAUUUCAAAUGACAUCUUGACACAAUACUGAUAUGCUUUUUAUAAACAAACCGAUAGUCUCCACGUUAUAUCGACUUUUAACAUCGAUAUUUAUAAUAAUUAUCGUUCAAUCGGUAUCAGUGAAAGUUAUGUUACAAACAUUACAAUUAGGUUAUAAGUUUUGUAUUAAAACAUCGUUAAAUUAGACAUAUGGUCAAACUUAGUGUUUAAGUGAUCGAUCGACAAAUCGAUGGACUUUAAGCAUCGAUAACUGUAUCGAUAAGAUUUCACGGCUUGAUUUAUAAACCAUCUAUAAUAUUUUCUACUACUGUACAUUGCAAUCUGAUAGUAGAAUGAUAUAAAAAGAAAACCUAUAUAAAUAAUCUUAGAGGUUCUUCAGUAGAUAAGAAAACCUGCAUCAAUAGUUUAAACUAAAGUUUUUCAGUAGAUUACGUGUCUCACAUAUUGUAUAGAUACUAAAUAUAUCAUUUUGACAUUGCGUUACUAAAUGAACCCACAUACUCAAUUUGAAAAUAGCACAUUAAAGUUACUCGAACUGUAUGGAGAGGUUCCCUAUUUUGAAAAUAACAUUACAAUAAGUUAUUCGAACUGAAUAGAAGAGAGGUUCUCAUUUUUUUUUUUCUCAUAGACCCUUUCCAACUUUUGUUGGUUGCGGUGCACUUUUAAUUUUUACAGAGAAAAUGCAUUACAACUAUCGCUCAGACAUUGUGGGGUUUAUGUUGAAGUCACCUUACGACCCCAUUCAAUAUUAUCUGCCUUCAUAGGUGAAGUCAGCCAACAUUUUAGUACUUUACCAUCAAACCAGAUGAAUUUUCGUGGACCCCUUACGAAUUGUGGACUUCUACUUUUCGGUCUGUUGACUCUCGUUAAUUCUCCCGUGGUACCCUGAGGGUCCUGGACCACGGUAUCAGUGGUAUAGAAUAUCGAGAACACGAAUGUAAUAAUAAAGAUGCUCGACAUAUAGGUGCGGAUGUUAUAGAGGGUCUACUUCGAAAAACGAAAUCCGUAGUUUCGGAUGACGGAUCGCACGUUUUGUUACUACGAAGUGUUACGGAUCCGAUCUGUUCAUCGCAAUAUUUCAGACAUGGAGUAAUUUAUAGGGUUUCCCCAUCCUUUUUUAAAACCGUCUGCGAGGAUAAAGAUCUACUUCUUCUUCAGCCUUCAUCUACCCAAUGCUGAGUAAAGGCCUCUUCCAUAUUUCGCUAACUAGCGCGGUCUUGGGCUUUCCGCAUCCAGUCUUUCCCGGCCGUCCGAAUGAUGUCGUCGGUCCAUCUUCGCGGCUGCGUCCCCACGUUCUUGAGCCCAGUUCUUGGCCACCAUUCUAGCACCUUCCUCCCCCAUAGCCAUCUAAUGUGCGGCUUACCUGGCCUGCCCAUUUCCACUUCCUUCGAGCGAUGACUUCGGCUACGUCUCGAAGACUGGUUCUCUUGCGGAUCUCGGUAUUGUGUACCAUAUCCCGAAGAGAAAUACCCAACAUAGCUCUCUGGACUAUGGAGAGAGCUAUGCUGAUGCUUUUUCAAAAAAAAAAAAUACGUGGAGUUGAUCUUACAACUAUGGUAAGCUACAGAAUGGUGACAGAUCCGAAGUAAUUUGGUAGUAGAGUUAAAUCCGAAGUUCGUCGUUGCUUCGUUUCGGACCGACGUUUAGACAUUCGUUUUUAGAAGUAGACCGUCUGUAUUUGACGUCGGAACCGCGUCCCGGUAAGAUCAUUUGUGAUAGCUUCAGUAAACGCAGUUUUAUAAUAUAUAGCCGACUUAAUGUGAAUUAAUAUGAUUUGAUUCAACUAGUAGAGCCUAGGCUACGUUGGGAAGAUGGAAGUAGCCUUAAGGGAAAUUAGGCAAUCGCUUAGGGGUCCGGUAUAUGUCAGGGGCCUCUCGUCCUUAAGGAAAAGUGGCAAUUAAAGGAGAUGUCCAAAAGCGGUUUUUUAUUCGAUAAUUUUUUUUUUUUUUUUUUUAUUAUGGCCCGGCGUAGUGUCCCCACUGCGCCUGAUGGUAAGUGUAUUGGGGUCUUAAAGAAUGUCGACUGACGAGAGAUGAUUACCCCUCGGCAGUCGACACAAUUAUGCCGGCCUGGUAGAACCGGAUAUACACAGACUGAUCCUGAAGCUCGACUUAAGUGAGCCAUUGUGGCGGGUUUUGACAAAAUUAAUAAUCGACGAUGAUUAAAAUCGUCCAAGGAGAAUAAAAUUUCAGCGCAACGCUAUAUAUGUGUUGUUUUUGUCACAAUCGAUCCGGUUUAUAUCGAGAUGGUUUGAUUAUAAUUGAUAGUAAGCUAUUACCGAUAUUUUUAGAUAAUAUCGAAUAAAAUAUUUCGACUUCAAACUCACUUAUUACCUAGUUUUAAGACAUCCGCAUCGAAUUUCGAUAUGGUACCUAAAAUUGUUUGGAUAUGUCUAAAAGCUUUCUUAUUGAAAUAGGUUUUUACAAGAGCUUUUGAAUUGUCUAUGACAGUUUAAAAUUAAAGAAAAAUGUUUCUUUUAGGUUAUUUUCAGAAUAGCAUUCAAUUUCCCCAUUUUCAAGAUAUUAUUCCAUUUAUACAUUUUUAGUAUCGAUUGUAAUCAUUCGGAUCGUGAUAUCGAUUACAAGUUCCAUAUGCUUAUUUCGUUCCACCAAUUCGAUUGUACUAUUCCGGAAUUAAAUCAUUUCAUAUUGAUUCCCGAAUUAAAUCGAUGAACAAUCUAGUUCCGUUUUGUUACUUGGUUGAAACGGCUGGUUUCCAUUAUAAUCAUUCGGAUUCCGAUCGUGAUAUCCAAUGUCCAAAUGACACUGAUUAAGUAAAGUUUCAUUUCCUUCCCUGACUAUCCGUCAGUAUCGAUUGUACUUUCCACGUAUCGGAUCAUUAUCGAUACCUGAAUUAAAUCUUUUAAGAUUUCAAGUUCAAUUUGCUUGUUUAGUCCAAUCGGAUAGUAUCGAUUGGGCUUUUACGGACUCCUAAUCAUUCUAUAUUAGGUAUAUAUAUAGUAUCACGCCUAUAUUCCCUGAGGGUAGGCAGACUAUGGAUUGCCACGGUCGAUUAUGACACUUCUUACGCUUCCUACAUUUUUAUAAAUUUUUUCACGUUGCCUGGUUCAGAGUACUUUUGACUUGGCCUUUGCUAAGAAUGUCAGAUACGUUCGAAGGUUCGGUGAGGUCAACAUUUUUUGACCUCACCGAAGUUAUCCAUCAAGAUUUAUUAUAAAUUCUUAUCAAAAUAUUUGUCCGUGAUGUUUAUAAAGCUACAUCCUAACGUGCAACGGCAAAGGAUUCGAGUUAGUUUUUUUUUAUUCUAAAACCUAAUCGGUCAGUAUCGAGUGUACUUUCCGGGUAUCGGAUCAUUCUUUAUCGAUACCUGAAUUAAAUCGAUUAAGAUUUCAAGUUCCAUUUUCAUGUUUAGUCCAAUCUGAUAGUAUCGAUUGUGAUUUUCCGGAAUCAUAUCAUUCGACAUUAGGUACAUAUAUAGUAUUACGUCUAUUUUCCCUAAGGGUGGGUAGGCAGACUAUGGAUUGCCAAGGUUGAUUAUAACACUUCUUUCGCUUGCUACAUUUUUAUAAUUUUUUUCACGUUGCCUGGUUCAGAGUACUUUUGACUUGGCCUUUGCUAAGAAUGUCAGAUACGUUCGAAGGUUCGGUGAGGUCAAAAUUUUAUCCAUCAAGAUUUAUUAUAAAUUCUUAUGUCCGUGAUGUUUAUAAAGCUACGUAGCUUUAACUUACCACGGCAAAGGAUUCAAAUUAACUUUCCUUCUUUAAAACCUAAAUGGUUACUUUCAAAUUUAAAUUAUAUUCAUACAUUUCCCGUUUCUAGCGAUAGAGGUCGCUGGAUGCAUUUAUAAUUGGUUUGUAUAGAAAUCUUUAGAGCCUGUGUUUAGCGUCUUGUGGCAUUUCGGAACUUUUUACAUAAUUCCACGCCCCUAAGGUGUUUUUGGAAGUUCUGGCUUUAAUUGGCUAUUCAUAUAGAGUAGAAUAGCAAUCGUGUAUUGCAGAAUGAAGGUCAAAUACAGGUUGUAAUUAAAUAUUAAUAUGUGUGAAUACAUUAUAUCGUGCUAUAUAUUUCUCACGCACGUACUGUUAUGGCCAGUCACACUCGGUGACGUCACAGUUUGCUAUUUCUCUUAUUUGACAGCUACCCGUUACAGAGAACAAUUACUAAAGCCAUAGAAGACAUUCUCAGAUGGCUACUUAAUAUAUAUGUUGAUACUAUAUUACCUUAUGGCUUGGAUAAUGUGACAGAAAGAGAUGCAUGCUCAUUUCAUGCAUUUGAAAUUUACCUGUUUUUCCGUAACUUUAUUCCAGUAAUUUUACAGGGUCGAUUAACAAAAUAUCGACAAAAAAUAUUUCACAUGCAGAUCGUAACUUACAUUGCGGUUUAAUAUGAUUUUUUAAUAAAAACAUGUUUUACCAGAUUACUUAAAAUGGUGGGUUCGGAACAAUAACACACUUUAAAUGACAAAACAUUUUGAUCAACUUAAAGAGUUAAUCUAAAAAAUAACAUUAUUGAAGUCUCCCUGAGUCAGUAUCAGAUAAAAAUGAUGUAGGUUUCUGGUUUGGAUUGACUACUCAAAUCUUUCGAAAUAAAAUGUCUUAAACAAGUCUUGCGGGUGGUAGGAUAUAUUUUAUAUCCGCCCUGAUAGCGACCGUGCACAAGGUGUUCAAACCCGCCAUAGUGGCUCACGUGUGUCGCGUUGAUCAGCCUGUGUAUAGUCCAACAGGCAUAAUUGUGUCGACUGAGGGGUAAUCAUCUCUCGUCAGUCGACAUUCUAUUGGACCGCACUCCACUUACCAUCAGGUGGGUCACUUUGCCAUGUCAAUAUAAGAAACAUGUGAUUUUAAUUCAGUUUCCAAUUGCACAUUACAAUGCGAUGUAUCCAUACAUUUUUUUAGGUAUCGUCUUUCCUAGAAUCUGUUUUUUAUGUCAUCUGUUUUUUUUUUAUUCUUAAUACUUUCGUUUUAUCAAAUAAUAUAUAAAACGAAAGUAUAAAAUAAACAAAAAAACUGAUACGACAGUAUUUUUUGAUAUUUUGUAAAAACUAUUUCGUUAUAUACAUUAGUAUUAGAAAUACUCUAAAUCAGAGGUUUCCUAACUUUUUUUUCUCAUAGACCACUUUCAAAGUUUUGCUGGUUCCGAUGGACCUUUUUUUUGUUUCGCGGAAUACAUUACCACUAACACCCAGCUUUCACGGGGUGCGAUUGGACAGUUAUAUUUGGGGCCACCGUGCCUUACCAACCUGCCUAGGACCCCUAUCAAUAUUAUCUGCCUAUAUUGAUAGGUGAAGUCAAGCCGACAUUUUAGUUCUUUCUAUCAAAUCAGAAAAAAUUUCGUGGGCGCUUACGAAUUGUGAAGCCUCAGUUUCCCGAGACCCCUGGGGUCCUCCUGGGUCUCUUUGGGAAUCAAUGAUGUGGAGAAUGCCACCCGAUGUAGAAAAGGCUUAUGUUUUUUGUCACCAGGUUUUCACCUCUCAAGUACAAGAAAGUAUAAAAACAGUAAUAUCACUUCUGUUUUUCUAUUUUUUUUUAUUACACAGGGUCAUUUUGACAUUACAUUCAUAAUUGAAACGAUUUGCUAAAAACAUCCUUUAAUAAUAAAUAUUACCAAAAAUUCUUGUUUUAAUUAUUUUAUGAUUAUGUUGUUGCGACGAAUUCUCUUAGUAGUAGUAGUAGUAGUAGUGGCAUUAGGGCGCGUAAAAUUAAAAUCACUUUUUAUUAAUAUUUAUUUUCUGUAAAACUUACACUUUUUUAUUUUCUUUAUUACAUCUACGGAUAACUUAAUAUAAAGUGUUAUCUUCAAUAAGAUAAGUAUGUGGUUUCAUUUAGUAACGCAAUGUCAAAAUGACCCUGUAAUAAAUUUCAAUUGUUUUCCCUUUAUUUAUGACACACAGUGUGUUGUUUUUUAGUUAAUAGAAAUCGCAUUUAUAUUUCGAAAAUGCAUUUUUAUUAUCUUAACCGUUACCUUAUGGUGGUAAUUUUUUUUUGUAAUCUAGUUUUAAGUUUACCUUUAUUUUUGUGAUAUACAAGGAAGCGAGCUUGUUUACAUCACAAAAUUUGUGAAGUGCUUUAUUUUUGUUAAUAUUUCAUAUCUUCCAAGUUUUUUUUUCAAUAAGGGGACGUUCAAGUGUUACACAACGCAAUUUUUGGAGAUUUUUCACUCCCCCUAUUCUAUUAUUCUCUCUGAUUGCAAGUAGUCAAAAAAUGUCUAAAAUUGUAUUCUGUAAUUACUUGCUAAUAUAAUGUUAAUACUGUAAAAAGAGCGUUUAACAAAAGCUUUGUUCUGAUUGGCUUAUUUUCACAAUGGAUUAAUAGUAGAUAGGGAUCGUUUAUAAACUGCGAUUAGUCAAUAUAAGUGUGGGUAAGUUUGUAAAAGACACUACUCUAGUUUAUUAAGCGAAGGUGUAGUAAAAAAGUUGUAAUAAAAAAUUGAAUUCAA